AUGGUGAAAGGGAGUGAUGGACUCCACGGGUUCAAAGCCCAGAAAGGAAUUCAGGAUCUCUCUGACGAUGUGGAGCAGGAUACUGACUACCUGGUGGGGUUUGAGGGGACCCCGGAAGUUCUCCUUCGGAUGACCCCUCGUCUCAAGCAGCUUAGGCAAAGUUUCCUGCCCCUGGUCACGGAGACGACCCUAGCAGAUCCCAGCCCCAAAAGGUCACACGCCGUGGGUGCAGGGCUCUGUACCCGAUCCCGGCAGGGAACGCCGCGGUCCUCCGGCCCCGCCUUCCCCGGCAGCGGAGCUCGGCCCGCCUCCCUCGCGCCGUUGGCUCCUCUCCUGGCCCCGCCCCCGCGCUCGGUGUUUGCAGUCUGGGCGGGCUGGCCCGUGGAGCCGGUCUCCAGCUUGGACCGGCAGGGCCGAGACGCCGGCCCGGGGGCGGCAACCGUGGAGGCAGCGGCGCGGAGGCGGCAGCACCCGGGAGCGGCGGGCGCCCCGGGCGUGCAGCCGGGCGCCUCCUUCCUGCAGGCCAGGCACAGCUCUGUCAAGGCUGAUGAGGCCGCCGGCACGGCUCCCUUCCACCUCGACCUCUGGUUCUACUUGACCCUGCAGAACUGGGUCCUGGACUUUGGCCGCCCCAUUGCUAUGCUGGUGUUCCCUCUCGAAUGGUUUCCGCUCAACAAGCCCAGCGUGGGGGACUACUUCCACAUGGCCUACAACAUCAUCACGCCCUUCCUCCUGCUCAAGCUCAUCGAGCGGUCCCCCCGCACCCUGCCGCGCUCCAUGAUCUACGUCAGCAUCAUCACCUUCAUCAUGGGCGCCAGCAUCCACCUGGUGGGCGACUCCGUGAACCACCGCCUUAUCUUCAGCGGCUACCAGAACCACCUGUCGGUCCGCGAGAACCCCAUCAUCAAGAAUCUCAAGCCAGAGACGCUGAUCGACUCCUUCGAGCUGCUCUACUACUACGACGAGUACCUGGGAAGCCGAGGAGGGCCGGCUGGACCAGGCUGGGGGCAGGGUAGGAGUGGGGGUGCUGUCUGUGCUCGCCCCUCCGAACUCCGAGGAGAGCUUCGCCCCCCACCCCCUCACGGCAGGGCAGGAACCCUGGCACAUGCAGAUCAGCCACAGGAGACUCCGGGCCCAAGCUGGGGGCAGUCGUCCGUUCCAGGUCGCAGGAUGAACUGGGGCCAGUGGGAAGGGGUUGGACAUGGGUUGAUGGCUAGUGACAGAGCCAGGCCUGGACCUGGGUGGCCCCACUCCUGGGUGAGGUACAUCCCCUUCUUCCUCAUCCUCUUCAUGUACUUCAGCGGCUGCUUCACUCCCACCAAAGCUGAAAGCUCAAUGCCAGGGGCAGCCCUGCUCCUGGUGGUGCCCAGUGGCCUGUACUACUGGUACCUGGUCACCGAGGGCCAGAUCUUCAUCCUCUUCAUCUUCACCUUCUUCGCCAUGCUGGCGCUCGUCCUGCACCAGAAGCGCAAACGCCUCUUCCUGGACAGCAACGGCCUCUUCCUCCUCUAUUCCUUCGCCCUCACCCUCCUGCUCGUGGUGCUCUGGGUCGCCUGGCUGUGGAAUGACCCUGUGCUCAGGAAGAAGUACCCGGGCGUCAUCUACGUGCCUGAGCCCUGGGCCUUCUACACCCUCCAUGUCAGUCUCAUCCAGCUGCAGGGACCACAGCCUCACUUCACCCAGCACUAG